CGCAGAUGGAUUAGGGAAAUGCCCUAACUCCAUCUUCAUCCUCUCACGUGACUGUUGUUCUUCCCGCGACUGCUGUUCUUAACUCCAUCGAGAAUCGCCGUAGAAGGGAUGGAGGCCGCCGCCGCGCCGCGACUGCUGUUCAAAAUCAAAUACACAGAAGCGGAUUUUUCCGGCCAGACAAAGGGGAUUAUCAAUGGAGACGCUGGUCCUUUUCCACCCUUCACCGAAACUCCAACCGCCGCCGCUGCGGCCAAAUCUCUUCCACUCUCCGACGACAACUACGAUCCCUUCAAACGCCUGCUUCCAAUUUCCCCAACCCACUCGUCUCCGCCGCGGCACCAAGUCUACCCGCCGGAUAGCGCCCUCAGCGUCGUUCAGAAACGGAAGCGAUGCUCCAGAAACAGGGUGCCCUGUCCCUGUCGAUCAGCAACCCAUAAACGAGUACCAGAGCCUCUCCACCUCCUUCCCUUUCUCUUGGGCCUCCGGCGACAUCGUCGAGUACUGCUCCCGCCUUUUCGUCACCGGCGCGUCUUUCGCUCUGUUCGUGGGCCUACCCGUCUCCUGGUUUGGCUCCGUCGGCCCGCAAUUGGACCCUUUGAAACCGAUCUUUGCUGCCCUCUCCAGCGGGAUUCUCGAUGGAGUUAAGAACAACAGUCGCGGGAAGAACAGCAGUCGCGGGUGAGAGGAUGAAGAUGGAGUUAGGGCAUUUCCCUAAUCCAUCUGCGAUUUAAUUUUCAGGGGGGUUGGGUCUCGGGUCUGGGUUUAGGGUGAAUUAAUUGGGUUGGUUCUUGGGUUGGGCAAGUAAGGCUGAGUUGGCGGGUAAGGCUGAUUUGGCGGGUCGGGUCGGGUCGGGUCGUCUUUUUUUAAUGUUUAAAUGUGCUGACUGUGUAUUUCUGUUAGCCACGUCAUCACUUAACGGCCGUCAUUAACGGAGUCUAACGGAGGUUAACGGAGAGUGACCGAACUUGGACUGUUGAACUAAUUCGAGUGACUAUAAAUGGAAUAAAUCAAU